GAAAAUGGCGGAUAUUGAGGAGUUACGGAAUAUGGUAUCAAGUUUCCGUGUCUCAGAGCUCCAGGUACUGUUAGGUUUUGCUGGAAGGAAUAAGAGCGGUCGAAAGCAUGAACUUCUGCUGAGGGCUUUGCAUUUACUCAGGAGUGGUUGUAGUCCUGCUGUGCAGAUCAAAAUAAAGGAACUGUAUUGUCGGAGAUACCCACGGACAUUUGAUGGUCUUCAGGAUUUGGUGGCUCUGAAGUCAAGCAUUAAAUCCUACUUUCAAAUAGACAGCGGUGCCACAGUUGUGAGCUCAGAUCUUCCUCUGCAAACUGGCCAUUCAGACCUCCUGCAGCAGCACCUGGUGAGCUGCGAUUCACCUGUGUUUCAUGAAUCGAAGCCCAUGAUGAAUAUGCAGCAGGCCACACCACUUAUGGCCCCCGUCCACCCGGACGUGCAGAUGAAGUCCCAACCAUUUUACGAUGUGCUGGAUAUCUUGAUCAAACCGUCAAGCUUAGGGACCCAUGCUGGUCAGAGGUUUCAUCAUGAAAAGUACUUCAUAUUUGCUUUGACUCCACAACAAGUGAGAGAAGUUUGCAUUUCACGGGACUUUCUUCCGGGUGGAAGAAGGGACUACAUGGUUCAAAUUCAACUGCGGUUUUGUCUAGCAGAGACCAGCUGUCCACAAGAGGACAAUUAUCCAAACAGCCUCUGCAUCAAAGUCAAUGGGAAGCUCUUUCCCCUCCCUGGCUAUGCACCACCUCCUAAGAAUGGUGUGGAGCAAAAAAGACCCGGCAGACCGCUGAACAUCACGUCGCUGGUCAGGUUGUCAUCCGCUGUACCCAAUCAGAUAGUAGUCACGUGGGCACCUGAAAUAGGAAAGACAUACUCCAUGUCAGUUUACUUGGUGCGGCAGCUGACCUCUCCACUGUUGCUACAGAGAUUAAGAAUGAAGGGGAUCAGAAACCCUGACCAUUCCAGAGCUUUAAUUAAAGAAAAACUCACGGCAGACCCUGACAGUGAAAUCGCCACAACAAGUUUACGAGUCUCACUCAUGUGCCCUUGCAGUUUUAAAGUGAUUCUUGACCUCUCAGGCGCUGUCCCAGUGCGGCAAAGUGCAGUGGUACCACCCUCAGAAACCAGCAGCACAAAAAAAGGAGACGUAAUCGACCUCACACUAGAGAGCUCAUCUGAUGAUGAAGAGGACAGCGAUCCUCCUCUGAAAAAGCGCUGUGUCUACAUGUCAAAGGCUGAGGAGAUGCACAACACAGGGGUCCUGACUUAUCAGCCAUCAACAGUUCGGGUGCCAAAUGUCCAGGCGCUAGACACCUCAUACCUGACCUCCUCAAUAACGGACUACUCCGUUCCAUUCCACCAUUCUACCUUAUCCACUCUUCCCACAGAUAUGCAAAGUCUUGAUUUAUUUUCUCUGAUACAAGGGGAUCCACAGCAGCAUUACAGAGGCCCUAUAUUUUUAGACAACCUCUCCAGCAGCCUUCAGAGUGCCACCACCAGCAGCGGCCUGGUUUCCUCAUCAGCUCCGUACGAGACGGCAACUCAUAGCAGCAGCUCGAGUCACGAGACGGGUGUCAUUACGGGAGGAUCUUCAGGCCUAUCAGACAUUAUUUCACUAGACUGAAUCCUGGCACAUCUUUAUUGGCCAGUCACCAAAACAGCUACACUUAAGUCAAGUUGGCGAAGUGAAAAAUAUUUUCUACGUUUAACUCUGGACUUCAAGAAUCAUGUUUCGACAAGGACCCAGAAGGACUACUAUGAAGAUCUCUAAAUGUUUUGGCUGGGUCAGCAACAGUGCUGUUUUAAAAAGCAAACUCGAAUCAAGCUGUUCUCCCUUUGAACUGGGGAAACUGCCAGAUACACAGUGACUCUCAUCCGUUAGCUGUAUGAGUGGAGGAGCAGAAUGAAACAAACGGCAUAAAUGAGUGGACUAGAAAGCUCAGACGAGUCUAAUAUUGUCUACAUUGUGUGUUUUGCAUUGGCGGUUCUGCAGUUGAAACGGCAGCAGGUUUUCAGCGGCAGCUCAGUUUAUGUUGUCUCUUCGAUAUCAGCAGUGCAAUUAUUUUUUGUUAGAAGACUUCCGUUUUAGCAAUAAAAAAACAGUUUUAUAAUGUAAAAUGUUUACUUGUCUUAUAUUAAGGCAGAAUGCAUAAGCAGAUUUUUUUUGGUGGUUAUUUGCUCAAGAGCCAUCAGAUUCCCUUUUGCUGAUGUGGUGAACUUUUAUUUUCAAUCUGUAAGUUUAUAUGAAAGGUGUUUUGGCUCAAUCUCAACACCAUGUUCACCUCAAAAAUUGUAAUAUGACCGUUGUUAAAACAACGAGUAAUUUGUGUCAUUUCAUGGUUCUUGGUCAGUUAGCAACCUGCAGGCAUAAUGAAUAUUGAGCCAUUCAUUUUAUUAUUAUUUAUUUUUUAUUAUUAUGAUUAUGCAAGUUUUGAUAUAGGAUGGGGAUCUUUUUUCUUUUACAAAUCUGCUUUUAUUGCUAAUGGUUAUUUACUUGUGGUUUGAGUUAAUCUAAUUUAUUUUACUGGAUUAUGAGCCAUACAACAUACUGUCAUUUUGACUAAGUCUGAAGACAUGUAAGAGGCUGCUUAUUUAUUUUAGACGUUCCCCCUUGUUACAUAUGUACUAUUUUGAGUUGGAUGUAAAAAAAACAAAAACAAAGAUGUGCUGUAAAUGUUGAUACAGGACUUUUAUUGUCCCUCCCUGUCAGGGUUGCGGUUUUGAAUUGACAUAGCUCUCCAUUGAUAAUGGCACAGGUAAUGUUGUUGAGAAACUUGAAUUCUUUGCCAAAAGGAGGGCACAGUUCAUGAUGAUUUAUAUACAUCCUAAGAAAACCAAUACCAAUACACCAAUACACAUUACACAGUGAUUAGAGCAAUAUUUCAUAUCCAUCUGGAAAAAUAUAUUUUUAAAGUUGAAUUAAGUCCAGAUUGCUGUGUUGUGCUGGCUUUACUUUAUGUAUGGAUACAUCCACACAGUUUGGUUUAAAGUGCUCAGAUUUUAUUUGCUGCCAGAUUGUGCAGCUUU